AUGGACAAAAUCACGGACAAGAUCGCCGCCCUCCCCGAUGGCGCCGAGUACUUCUCGCUCGAGUUCUUCCCUCCCAAGACAGCCAUGGGCUUCUCAAACCUGAGGCACCGCAUGCAGAGGAUGGAGCAGGCCCUGAGGCCGCUCUUCGUCAACGUCACCUGGGGCGCCGGCGGCUCGACUGCAACAAAGUCCCUCGAGCUGGCCGAGCUGUGCCAGCGCGAGCUUGGCCUCACGACAUGUCUGCAUCUGACCUGCACAAACAUGAGCCGCCGCAUCCUCGACAAGGCCCUGGAAGACGCCAAGGCCCUCGGCAUCCGCAACAUCCUCGCAUUGAGGGGAGAUGCCCCUCGAAAGGAAGAGUAUCGCGAUGCCGGCGGCGACCAAGACGACGGCUCCGACGAGCUCACCUGGGCCAUUGACUUGGUGCGCUACAUCCGCAGAAACCAUGGUGAUUACUUUUGUAUUGGAGUCGCCGCCUACCCCGAGGGCCACGCCGACGAAUCUCAUCCCGUGGGCCAGAGUCUUGAGCACGAUCUCCCCUACUUGGUCGACAAGGUCCAAGCCGGUGCCGACUUCAUCAUGACCCAGCUCUUCUUCGACAUUGACGCCUAUGAAAAUUUUGAAAAGACCCUCAGGGAGCACCCCAGCGGCGCCUUUACUUCCAUUCCCAUCAUGCCCGGCUUGAUGCCCAUCCAGAGCUACCAGAUGAUCAAGCGGACAACCAAGCUCAGCCAUGCGAGGAUGCCUGAGUCGAUCUUGACGCGCCUCAACGCCGUCAGGGGGGACGACGAACGAGUCAAGAUGGUGGGCGUCGAUGUCAUCGGCGAGAUGGUGGAGCAGAUCAGGGCCAUCAAGGCCGGUACCUCUGGCCACAGAGGGUUUCACUUUUACACCCUCAACCUGGAAAAGGCCGUGUCGCUCAUCGUGGAAAAGACUGGGUUGAUCCAGCAAGAUUCGUCCGAGAGCGACGAAGCCGCCGUCGUCGAUGACGUCCCCCUAUCCCCCCUUCCCACCAUCCAGCUCAACGGCAAUGCGCCAUUGCGGCCGAGCAGCCACUCGCGGACAAGCAGGAGACAUUCCUCGGUCGGAUCUGAUCCCCAUAACAGAGUCAUUGUGGGCAGCCGACCCCUGGCUCAUCCGGAAUGGGAAGCGUCGGGCCAGGAAGCGGGCGUUCCUGCCGAGGCCAUCAACUCGCGCGCAAAUACGCUGGCCAUCUCGGAAGGCGAGGGAGCCCUGGGGCGCGAGGCCACCUGGGACGACUUCCCUAAUGGUCGUUUCGGCGAUGCUCGAUCGCCCGCCUAUGGCGAGAUUGACGGAUACGGCGUGAGCUUGCACAUGUCUGUCACGCAAGCCGUGCGGCUGUGGGGUCACCCGGCAACUCGUCAGGACAUUGACGGCAUUUUCGUCAAGCACAUGCAGGGGGAGCUCGCGGCCAUUCCCUGGAGCGAGGAGGAGCUGAUGGCGGAAUCGUCGACCAUCCAGCCCCGCCUCAUUGAACUGAACAGCAAGGGCUGGUGGACUGUCGCCUCCCAGCCCGCAGUCAACGGGGCGCCGUCGAGCGACGGGACGUUUGGGUGGGGCCCGGCAAACGGGUUCGUCUUCCAAAAGUCGUUUGUCGAGUUCUUCCUCCCGUCGGACGACUGGAAAACGCUCCUCGACAGACUCAACUCCCCCCGGGUGCGCGAGUCGAUCUGCUUCUACGCCACCAACGCCAAGGGAGACUUUGUCUCGUCCGACUCGAGCGGGGGGGUCAACGGUGCGAGCUCGUGGUCGAGCACCAACGCAGUUACGUGGGGCGUCUUCCCGGGCAAGGAGAUUGUGACGCCGACGAUUGUCGAAGAGGUCAGCUUCCGGGCCUGGGGCGAGGAGGCGUUUGGCAUCUGGGGCGAAUGGGUCAAGGUAUACGGCCGAGGGUCGGACAGCGAGAAUCUGCUCAACGGCAUCAGAGACGACAUAUGGCUGGUUAACAUUAUUCACCACGAAUUUGUGGACAAGGAUGCGCUGUGGGAGUUGCUCCUGGAAUAG